AAUAAACAUGGCGGUUCAGCUUAUCGUUUCCGGACGUGAUAAGAAUUGUGAAACGUACAAUAGAUGAGCUAAAGAAGCGACAACCUGCACAGUACUGCAGAAAUUUUUGAACUGCGGUGCAUCUAGGCUAUAUAUAACUGUCUACGCCGGUGAGUUAACAGACACCAUGCCCUCUCCUAAAGCUAAAAACCCCGGUCGCAGCGGAGGAAGCCCGGUGCUCGGGAGCUCCAACGGCCGCUAUGAGUUCAUGUCUCUGACAAAGCCAUUGAACCGGUCUUCACCGCCACACCUGCUCCAGCGGCAGGGCUCCGACCCGACUACCGCACGCCUUCGAGCCUCUGAAAGCCCCACUCGGCGCCGGGGCUCCGGCUCCUCCACGGGCUCGGCGAGCGGUCAGGGACCACCUGAAGAGGAUGGUAUACGGCUUAAUCCCUCCCUCAUCCGCGUAGCGCUCAGCUCCCUGCUGGCCAUCGACCUGUGGCUGUCCAAGCGGCUGGGGGUGUGUGCUUGUGAGGACUCGUCCUGGGGCAGUGUGCGCCCCUUAAUGAAGCUGCUAGAGAUAUCUGGACAUGGCAUCCCGUGGCUGGCUGGUACCGUCUACUGUCUGUACAAGAGCGACAGUGCUGCAGGACAAGAAGUCAUGCUCAACCUUUUCAUGGGCCUGCUGCUGGACCUGCUCUUGGUUGGCAUUGUUAAGGCAGUGGUGCGUCGGCGUCGGCCAGCGCAUAACCGUAUGGACAUGUUUGCCACCUUUUCAGUUGACCGCUACUCCUUCCCCUCCGGACAUGCCACGCGUGCUGCCAUGUGUGGUCGCUUCCUGCUGGCUCACCUCGUGCUGGCUGCCCCUUUGAGGGUCCUCGUCUUUCUGUGGGUGGGCCUGGUAGGGUUGAGCCGCGUGAUGCUGGGGAGGCACAAUGUGACUGAUGUGAUGUUUGGGUUCUGGAUGGGUUAUUGCCAGUACAACUUGGUGGAGAUGCUGUGGCUCUCCCCUCAAACACUGCAAGGGCUGCUGGGACAGUCAGCUUAAAGUUAAGGACCAAAGGAGAUGGUAGUUUAUAUUUGAGUUAAGCAGCACUUACACGCCUUUUUUUUUUCCUUUAACGCUAAUGUAUACUUCCAGAAUUAAAAGCAGCGCCAUUCCUACUUAUAGAAUCAUUUCCCAGAUCCAUUCAGUUCAUAACAAAACAGUAUUCACAGAAGAGAAAUAUGAAUAAUGUACAACAUAAAGUUCUGUUAAAAGAAAUACUGUUUUGAUAUGAAUUUUUUUUAAUUCCUCUAAAUAUUAAGGAUAAUCCUUGUUUACAUCCCAUUUAUUGGAGAUUACCCUCACACUGAUUACCCUCAGUGGCUUGAUUCAUAUAUAGUAUGAAAUCUAUUGUUUCUUAGCUGUAGCAAGUGUUUGGAUACAGAACAUUAUGUAAACUGCAACUACACUUUUGCUACUAAGGAAUUAUAAGUGAGCUUUCAGUUCAACUAAAAUAUAAUUUCCCAUUACAGAAGAAAAGUAAAAUAAUUAACUAGAACUGUCAGGGCCGAUGAUCUGUCAUACAGUUUUAAGGAAAGUGAUCCACACACACAGCAAAAUGUAUUGGUUCUCCCAUUACCCAUGCACCAACUUUACACAUAGGCUGCAUUCAGUCUCAACAAAAUCUAGCAAAAAAUUUGUGAAACUGAGAUGUGUUGAACAUGCCGUUGUGUUACCGCAGUAUGGCACGAAUGGUAGCAUAUUCAAUGUGCAUGAGUGUAUUUUAAUCCUAGAACACUAAGUCUGUGUAGGUUCUCAGUCAUCCAGGUCAUAGUCGUCUCUGGAGCUUGAAAAAGGGGCGACUGGACUUCUUUUUGUUUCUUGAAGAUGUUUCACGUCUCAUC